UCCGGCUGUGAGCAGUGCGCGCCGUGACGUGACAAUGGCGGCAGUCGUAAUUACGGUACGGUGCGUUACUGUGAUCAGCUGAUUGACCGAGUCCGAGCGAGAGAGAAAGAAAGAGAGAGCGGGAGGAAGGGGGCGAGUGAGAGCGGGCGAGCGAGAAAGAAAGAAAGAAAGAACGAGAGAAAGAGCGCGCGGGCGUUCCGAAAAAAGGAGCCGAUCGAGGAAGAGACGGCAAAAUCCCUUCGCAACCGCGCGCGUUGGCCAUGUCGUCGUCCUCGUGAUCGGCGCUGAAGGUACUCGUGUCCCCCUCGUUGUAUGCGAGGCAUAACCGUAUACAUACACACAGCUCCCCCCGCCGGCAACCCCCUUUCUUCCCCGUGUCUCGACGCCGCGCGCGUACCUCCGCUCCGCUGUGUUGUUUGUGUUGGCCACGUAUGCGUGCGGUUCGUACGACCGGUAGAUAAAUGUCUCUCAGCCAUGCCCGCCGUGCGGAAGUACCGGAGGGAUACCAGCGAGGUGAGCUGCUGCCUCAAGUACGUGAUCUUUGGAUUUAACGUCAUGUUCUGGUGGCUCGGUCUGGGCAUCAUGGGGGUGGGUGUCUGGGCAUGGACCGAGAAGGACACCUUCAACAACUUAUCCCGCCUCACGAACAUCGCGCUCGAUCCAGCAUUUAUCCUCAUUCUAGUCGGUGCGGUGACAUUUAUCAUCGGUUUUACGGGUUGCGUCGGCGCGCUGCGGGAGAACACGUGCCUCCUCGCCGCGUACGCGAUAUUUCUGGCAGUUCUACUGCUGAUAGAGAUGACUGCCGGCGUUCUGGGAUUCAUCUUCAAAGACUGGAUAAAGUCGCAAGCCACGGGGGGCUUCCAAGCGUUCAUCAUCCACUACAGAGAGGAUCCCGAUCAGCAGAACCUUAUCGACUGGAUUCAAGAAGAUUGGUUGCAGUGUUGCGGCGUCGAGGGCCCGAAGGAUUGGGACCGCAACAAUUAUUUCAAUUGCUCGUCGAGCGACAUCGGCUCGAGGGAAGCGUGCGGCGUGCCUUUUAGCUGUUGCAAGCGGAAACAUAAUUCCUCUUAUUUGUUUCAGGAAAUCAUUAAAAAUAAACAAUGCGGCUACGAUGUUAGGAAGCCCAGUUACACGGGCGAGAGGAGUAUAUUCGAGCGGGGUUGCCUGAGAGCGGGCGAGGAGUGGCUAGAAUUGAACCUCGUGCCCGUCGCUGGCGCCGUGGUCAGCACUAUGGUUCUGCAGAGCUUUGAGGUCGCCAAAGUGAUUUACGAAAAAGGUUGCAUACAGGCCGGCGAGGAAUGGAUGGAGCGAAAUCUCCUUGCGAUUGCCAGCGGCGCGGUCGGUACGGCGUUUACUCAGAUAUUGGGGAUCUGCUUCGCGCAGAACCUGCGCGCGGACAUAUUCGCGCAAAAGGCGAAGUGGCAUUGACAAUCGCGAGCCCCCACGGCAGUGUAGCAUCUCGUCUUCGUAGAUGCUAACCGGCUGCGUUGAUCGAGUCAACGAGGUUUCGACGCGGAGCUUAUCAUCCGGCGAGCGGAUCCUCCUGGACAGGGGCAAUGGAGAAGAGGAGAAGGACGCGAAGGAUCUUCUUCUUUGCUACCCGACCGGGGCUAACGACGUUAAACGAUCGGAUGCGAUCUUCCUGUGAUCCUCCGCGAUCCAUCGGGAGAACGACGACGCAGCGAUAACAACGCAGCGUUCGCGUGACGCGCUUUCGGAUCCUCCGGCUUGCAAAUUCGCCUGCGGGUCACCCGGCGAGGCGCAACGACCGCCGUCCUGUUCCUACGGUACCGUCCAAUCGAUUAACGCCCGAUUCGUCGGGUAAUGAGAGAAAUUGAUUGUCCCCCCGAGAGUAGUCCAUUGUUGCGCAUCGCGCGCUUCGUGCGCGAGCAAUAUCACUCUCGGGAAGACGGUGGAAACAAUUUCUUGCGCGAUCACACGGAGAGAAAGUUUCAGUUGGGCUGACUGAACCAGGCGAGAAACUCGCAUUUCUCUCACAAAACCGAGUAAUAAUAUAUCCGUUGUUGCGAGAAAAACAAUCAUCUGAACAUUCAGCUGUAUGAGAACUUGGUUGAGAUCACUGAGAGCAAUUGACUGAACAGAAAUCUUCUACAAGUAUCUUUCCUACAGCCGAGUCUCUAACCCACAAAUACACUGAAAAAAAAAUUCUGUUGUCGAAAUGUGGUAUCAUCGGGCUAAAAUCUAGUUAAUGUGAGACCAAGCGAAUCAUUUGGUAAUUACAAUAAAAAAAUUUAAUUGCCGCUUUUGCCGUCUGACUAAUAUAUCCCACGUGAUACAAGUAAAAGAAUGCAAAUAAAGCUCUGUGAUUACAAAUCUCAGAUAUAAAAAAGACCGAUAAAAGCAAUGCGCUGACAACGUUGCUUCUUAACAGAAAAACGAAUGCAACAUAUAUUUGGUACUGCAUUGUAGGACAAUUGUAAUUGUGAUAAUUUUUACCAAUUCGAUAUCCAACAGUAGCAUUGAAAUUUUAUGAGAUGAGGUAGGUCAUGAUCUUCAUCCCCGUAGUUUGUUCUUGUUCUGAUCAUCAUGUGAGAUUGUCGAUAUUUAGCGGUUUUUAUAUUGAAAAGGGUCCAAAUGCUGACGGAAAUAUUUGUAAUAAUAUUGUAUAAAGCGGUGCUCAUACUUAUAAUAUUUAUAAUAUUUAUAAUUGUGCUCAUAAUACACAAACGGGUCUUAACAUUUAAAAUUUUUAAUAUUGAAUUUUUACGCGUGUCUCUUUCCUUAGCACAUUCUUAUUGGCCUUUUUUGUAUUUGAGACAAAAACAUAAUAAUGUGCCAACCGAAUCGCAUGUAUCAGAUAUUAGUUCCAAACACAAAAAUAAUUUUUUCAGUGUCAAAUCCCCAAUCACUCGAAGUGGACGAAUGAUACAUGAAGAAACAGUUUUGCUGGUGUAACUGAAUUUUUCACUGCCUGAUAAGAAUGGGGAUGAAGAACUCGGCUGUAUACAUGUAAGAAGAAAAUACUUGAAGAUUUAUUUGUGGGAUAAGAGUUUAUUUCGCAAACAUCAACUUUAUUUUUCAGAAACAAGCUUUGUGUCACAAAUAAAUCUUCGAGUAUUCUUCUCUCAGUGAACAAAAAAAUUCUAGCAGGAGGCUUUUACUCGAUCAAUUACUCUUUGUUAUUGUAACAAAGUUUUAAUAGAGUUAAACGUUCAGACAAAUUUUUUCGGUUGUAUAGUGGCAGAGAUAUAAUUUCUCGUCACUAAAUUUUCUUUUGUUCUCUCCCUCUAUUCAGUUGCACAAACUGAAACUUUGUGCACAACCGGGCUUACAAUUUCAACAGAUUCACGAAUAGAGAAGCAAACUUGUUCCGUUGCGCAUUUUUUUCUAUAAAUUAAAGUCAAUUUCUCUCACUACCAGACGACGUCGACGAGGGGAUACUGGUCGUUGCGCAACGCGAGCGUCCGGCAGCGGAAUUUUUCGACUGAGAGAGUGUCGCAGUAUAUCGUCACGGAGCAUCCGAUGUAACGUUUGUCUUCAUCACGUCAAAGGGAACGUCUCGUUGUUUCAUCCGGACGUUACCGUCUGCGAAACGUAUUUACUUCGUUACGAAAAAUCAAAAUUUCGCGUUUCUUCCCCUCCCCCUAUCUCUCCCUCUUCCUUCUUCAUUUUGAGAAUCGCGAGACGCGAAGGCAUUCGCUUCGAGUUUUCCGUGAAUUAUUCAAGCGCGCGGAUAUAAAAUAUCGUGUACAAAGAUGGAGAGAAAGAGAGAGAGAGAGAGCGCAGCAGUAUAUUUUUCAUUAAUAUUUCCGAUAAUUAGAUUCUCCACUUUGGAAUUGCCGAUUUGAGCCACUCCGAUAGAAGAACAGCGAGAUUAAUUGAGCGAUUCUGCCGUAUAAAGCGGAUAUUCUCAAAUCGGAGCCAGGACUUGUGCCAGAAGCUAUCCGGUUUUGGAGGCGACGAGUCAACGAGAGCGAUCACGAGAGUGACACUCAAAACGGCACUCACGAAUACUCCACGGAGAAUCGAUACUCCCGGGACAAACACUGGGGUCUCAUUCGCGUUGCCUGCUGCUCGCGAUUCGAUCCCUCUCGAGACGCCACAACGGCCGAUCGCAUGUUCGACAUCCACUGUCGUCCCUAAUCGUGGUUAACCGCACUUCCAUUUUGCCCGACUGUAGCGCAAACCGAGCGCGAGAUGAUACGCGAAACAGAACGACCGUUUUUCACGUGCUCAUCUUCAGUCGAUUCGAGUGCGUCCCGAUUACUUCUGUCCCCUCGCUCGGACUGUACCGAUGAAACCCUACGCUUCCCCAUUCGUUAUUCCCCAUUCCUUCAUAAUUUUUAAUGCCUCGUUCAUCCAAAAAAAGAAAUAAUCUCGGCAAUCUUCUUAUACAGGGUGUCCUAGACUCUCCGCAAUUUCUGUAGGAACGUAAAACGGAUUGAGGUGGACACAAAAGUUCUAUACCGUUUUGUAAUAUUCGUAUUAAUAGUCGAGAUAUUAAUUAAAUAAGAUUGGUGAAUGAUCACACACGAUAUGAUAGAUGAGCGAUGUAGUGGCGAUGUGUGCUGUACAUUAGAUCAAAUUGAACAAAAAAAACUCUUUAUCAAUCAGAAUAAACGCGUAGAUUUUUAGUUAUCAAUAAAAGAAAAUUGUUACAUGAUUGUACGCGAUAAUGCAUAAAUCUUCUUUAAUUAAUAUCUAAAAAUCUAUAUGGUUAUUUGCAAAAUGGUAGAGUGACUUUUUUGUUUUGAAAGUAUAAGUAUGCAAUAAUAGACGGCGCCACUGUAGCUCAUCAAUCGCGCGUGAUCGUUUACCAAUCUUUCUUAAUUAAUAUCUCGAGAUUUAUUGCGAAUAUCGCAAAACGGUAUGGGACUUUUAUGUUCACCUCAAUCCGUUCCCACAAAAAUUGCGGAGGAGAGUCUGGGACACCAUGUAUACACAGCCUCAGGAGAAUUCUUCUAAAACCAACAAGAAAGUAUUCUCAGUACUAUGUUGUUCCUCUUCAUUAGAAGGGAAAUACUCCUCCCCCGACAAGGAUUUUCGCUUAGAAUACGGGAUUACAGAAAAAACAACACCUUGCAACUAGGAUUCUUUCUUUUUCUCCGAGCGUUCGGAGCAUUCUUCGGUUUGGUUUUAGAAGAAUCCUCUUGAAGCCGCAGCAUAAGGGGAUUCCACCGAGAGUGAGAUUACAUUUUUAUGGGUGUUCAGAAGUCGAUACGUUUCGCCGUGAGGGAAAGACGAUCCGCCGCCGUAAGUUCACAAACGAGCGCGAUGCGUCGAGAUCAUCAUUAAGAGUCGAUCGACGUGAUGUCGUCGUCGUGGGGGCGCGGUGAACGAGAAAGAGAAAUCGGCUUCACCGCACAACAAGCAAACCAACCAACUCACCGCCGUGACUGGAAACGGCAGCCAUACGACACGCGAGUAUACAAUAAACUUUCCCUUGCUCCAAUCGGCCGUUAAAACGGUGGUCAUGACUCGUGCCACUUUGGCCAUAUUGAUCCCCCGUUGUAUACACACAUACACACAUACACACACAAUCUACACACACCCAUCCACUCACGUAACAAACAGUACCCCGGCAUGUUCUCCAUCCCUCCAUCGGCGGGCCAGGUGUCCGUCGUACACACCGUGUCUACCGCACGUGUAUCGAGAGGAGGCACGUCGAAAGGAGGCGUCCUUCGGCCCUUGGAGCGCCCUUGUAUCGAUUCGGAGCGGAAACUCGGCGAAAACAACACUCGUCAACGGUGACAAUCCCCGUCGCCGUAGGGUCGACGCGCAAAAAUUCAACUCAGGACGACUCUGUGCACCGUGCGAGUAGACGCGGUUGGCACAGCGCGUGCUAACUGAACUUGGGCUGUUAAUAUUUAUAAACCUUACGCGCGCUGGUUCCGCGACGGUUCCGCGUGUUUAUUCAUGCUCGAACUCGACAACAGCGCGCGAACAAGUUCGCGGAAAGUCGCAGCCGGGGCAAUAUUCGAGAUCCUCCCCGUCGCCGCGAGACGCACAUUUUACCGCCGGGAAAUUUGCGAUUAAACGAACUGUGUGUUUUCCCUACGCGCGCUGGCCCGCGUGUUUGAUUAGCCCGCGAUAUUUUCUCGAAGCACCGAUAUAUGUUCAGGAAUAUAAAGUACGCGUGAAUUGUACGGGGUGUCUCUUUGAGAAUACGAUUCAAGACGCUGUCUCUCACAUGCGCUUACUCUCUAAAGUACAAUCAGUUUCAUUCUUCACUCAAGUGCAAUAUUUGUGACUGAUAAUCCAGUUACAAGUGUAGCGCUGCAUUCAGUGAAAGGAUCAGUCGAUAGUAGCGACUGUUAUCGAUGCAGUUUGCAAACGCGGACAGCGCCAUCGCCAUGCAAAUUGCACGAAUGCCGUUAAUUCCAUCAUCGCGAGUGUAGAAAGCUGAAUUCAGCGUAUAACGAAUUUGUGCACUGCAGAUUUUGCAUCUUACUUCCAUUGCUCAAAAUCAGACAAAUCAAGACAUAGGGUGGAGCAAUAAAGUGUUUCCACGGACAACCAGCGAUUACUCACUGAUUAUCGGCGAGAUGGUCCUUUCAGUGAUUCAAUCGAAAAUAUUUUUACUGAUUCGCUUUAAGAGAGUAUCUAUACACGAAACAAAAAAAGGAAAAUCAAUCGCUGAAAUUCCAAGCGCACAAUUCGAGCGAUCCUUGAAAUAAAUACAAUUUUUCACGUUGCGAAAAAUAAAGAUCAGAAGCGAUCGUAUCACCGACUUUCGAAGCGUAACGUCUCAGUUUUGAAGGUGAGAAAGGUUCUUCGGAAGACGCCGCUGGUAUCAAAAUGCGCUGUCAAAAUCGCUAUCUCUACGGUCGAUCCGGAUCGAUCGCACGACCUGUAACCUGUUGCUAAGCGAUUCGAGCAUGAAUGCAAAAUACGUCAUACUGACACGUUCCGAAUCACGUCCCUCUUCACACUCGAGACGUUUAACACGGGGUUUCCCGUAAAUUCCGUUUCGCGUAACGAUAGAUAGUCGAAUAGACAUUGAUGUAAUUAACGAGAUUAUUCAUCGCGGGCGAACGCCCGCGUUGUUCGUCGUUUUUCGCCGUGCCGUUUCGGCAGCCGUACGUUCGACGUUUCGCUGUACGAAUUCAUCGUCUCCCGACUCAUCCGAGGGAACAUCGGUUUCGCAAGUUCACCACGUCGAUCCGUUGUGACGAUAGUGCCGUUUAGUCAUGCUUCGUUACUACAUGAAGAGUUAAGUUAACCGACCAUUAUAAUUCCGCGCGAGCUGUUUUGUAACGCGUGCACGGAAACGGGUUUAGCAAAACUAAGUUGAGAGAGAGAGAGAGAGAGAGAGAGAGAAUCGAAUAAUAAUACUCUCUUUGUAUUAUAAUACUCUCUUUAUAUAAUAAUACUCUCUUUGAUUAUCUUUAAUUACACUUUCUAAAGUGCAAUCAGUGUAUUUUUCACUGAAAUGACUAUAUACGGAGAGAAUUUUUUAAUAAAAAUUACUAUAGAAUUUUAUAAUUAAAGACAGACUGACAUUCUGUCGUAAUUAAUUAUCCUUUCGUUUGAUAUGUGCUAACUUAUAUUUUAGGAACUGAAAUGUUUCUAAUGGAAAAAAAAAUUUACUAUGUUUCUAGUGAAAUUUACUACGUUCCUUAACAAAAUAGACCUUACUAUAUUGCAGUCUAUUUCUGCAUUACUAAAAACAUAGUAAAAUUGAAAAGAAAUUAUAACGUUCUCUCCGUAUAUUUAUAGCUAGUAGUUCAGUUAGAAAUACAGUACUGUUAUCGGUAGAAUCUCGCUAAAAGGAUCAAUUGAUAGCAGCGAAUGUGUUCCUGUGCAUUGAUGCAGUUUGCAAACACAGAUAAUGUUAUUGCAUGCAAGGUGUAUGGAAGCCGUUAAUCUAUAAAAAUUGAAACUGCGUAUGACACAUUUGUGUAUUACACUGAGAAAAAAAUAUUUUAUAAUUUAUUUUGUAAUUUUGUAAAUUUAUCUGUAGGAUGUAAAGUCCAUUCAACUUUUGUCUGAAACAUAUUGGUCUCAAAGUUCUAAAAAAUUUCAAUAAAUUGAUUAAGAUGGUCCACCCUGUGUACCACAAAUAAAUUGUCAAAUUUUUUUUCUCAAUAUACAGAGAUUGGCAGUGAAAUUUUACUUGCACUGGUCGGUGAGAUAGAACAGUAAGUGGAAAUGAGUGAAUACUCAUUGAUUGUCGAUUAAUGCACUCCUUUUACUGAUUCAGUCAGAAAUAUUUUUCGCCGAAUUAUUUUAAACAAGUAAUCUUCUUAGAUAUUUACUUUCGAGAUUGCGUAUUGCGAAGCGACAACUUGUCGUUAACACACGUUGUCGCUCGAUCACAAGAAUUGUAAAGAACGGGCACGCGAUGUGACACACAUUCAAAUGACAUCUAAUACGAAAAUCGGCGAAACAAUUUGCUAAACCCGGUACUUCCGGCCCGUAUAUCGUAUUAACUCAAGUUGUGCAACCUGAUCCGAUAUCCUUCCGCUGAGAUGACCGCAGUCUCGACAAAGAAUAUACGGAUCACGUGACACGUAUUGAAGCGAUUCGCUUGAAAGUUAUAUAUUUAGUAUUAUAUGCGUUAAGUUAGUUAGUUAGUCCGUUAACUCGUUUUAUAUAUCUCUGCGAGAGAUCGCCUGAUCGAUUUCCCGUGUCUCCGCAAUUUUACUCAAGCGGCGGACAAUCGUCGCGCUUCUUCUUUACGUCAAACCACGUCCGUUACAUCAACGAUUUCGUCGUUCUCGUCGAUUCUCCAUCGCACUUCCGUGAUCUGGCGAAUGACGAAAAAACGCAUUUAUCUCUCGAUAUGUGGUGUCGUACACUUUCGUAUAAUUUUUUUCUCUUUAUUAAGUUUCUAUCAUAAUAAAGAUAUGAUUUGCAUA